CAACAUUUGGCAUACUGCAAUUUUCAUUCCAAUACAUCAAUAGUGACAGUAACCAAUGAUUCCUAGGAAUACAAGUUUGCACGGCAUUUACUGUGGACUUGAUUUAUACAUAUUGCCGGAGUAUACACUUCCCUUGAAUAAAAGCAAAGUGAUUGAAAAUGCUCCCCGCAACCGGACUAUUCCGGUCGAUUAAUUGUCCUUUUUUCGAAAAGGAUCUAUGUACGAGACCCUUUUGUCAUUUCCGGCAUGUUAAACCAGACGCACCGGCCGCUGCUACGUACAACGCAACGCCGAAAAGUUUACUGAACCAGAACAGUACUGUCCCGGAUGCAAAUUCUGAUGGACCGGCGAAAAAGAAACCCAAACUAGAAUACAUACCCAUGCCAACAAUCAUCGCGCCCAGAUAUGUGCCAAAAGUGAAGAAAAAUGUCGAAGAGAAAUCAUUGAAUAACACCGAGACGAACGCACAAAUUCAGGCAAAGGAUAACGGAGAACAAAAGGACGCAGAGGAGAAGCAAAUAAAGGCCGUAGAAGUUGAAACUGACAAAGUCCAGGAGGAAAGUUCAAACGGUGGUCCCAAAGAAGACGAACAGAAACAGCAAACCCCAGAAAAAGAUUCAACGCACAAAUCGAUAGUUUCGGAAGUAAACAAAGCUGAAGUUAUCACUGAAAAACCCAUUCAAUGUGAUACAAGUACUAAGCCAAAUACUACUAGCAAGACAUCAGAUGAAGUCAGUUCCAACAGUAUACGCGAAUCGAGCUCGGACAGUGUUAAACACAAAAAGGAUGAUAGAGACCACCGGAAGGUCUUUAAAGAACGGAAGGAGUCCGAUAGGAGAUCGAGUACUUCAUCAAAAAGUAGUCGGAAAACAUCUUCAAAUUCCCAAAGAGACGAUAAACAUCGUCAUAGGUCAGACAAGGAAAGAGGACGUGACAGAGAGCGCAGCAGAUCUAAGCACCGAGAAAGCUCAAACGACAAAAAGAAAAAAGUGAUUAAGGAUGAAAAUAAAACCAUUGCAGAUGAGAAGAACAAAAAGUCUAAAGAAACGGGGAAAGGAGAAAAAGAUAGACGUAAGACAUCGGAGAAGGAUCGCGAUAGGAAACAUAAAAGAGAGAAAGAUCGUAGCAAGUCAUCGGAUAAUCAUCGGUCAUCUCAUAGUUCUAAAAAAAGUGAUUCGAAAAGUAGUAAACAUAGCAAAACGGAACAUCGACGCUCUUCUUCCGCCAAUCAUACAUCACAAUCUAGCAAAUUGCUCUCUUCAUCAACUUCGAAAUCCACCCAACCAAAAGUUGAGUUGGCUGAUGAGAUUUACCAAGAGCUUCUGGACAAUCCUCCUAGUGAUAUUGAUAACGUGAGUGACGAGGAUGAAGUAAUGAAGCAGUGUAAGCUGAUAUUCGAAGAAUACACUGUGAAACCUGAUAAAGCGUCCGGAGAGAAAAGUCAGAAACCACUGAAAAACAAGGACAACGAUGUUGAACUCAUUGAUAUUUUCGCCGAGAAAUGCUACGAUGAAAGUCGUAAAAAACGCGUAGCUCAUGAACAAGCCGUAGCAAGCAAAGCCGCUAGCGUAACACCUGCUGCCGUGAGGAAACCGAAUCAUGUACAAAACGCAAUGAGGUCGGUAUACGCCCGUCAAGAAGCAGUUCGUAGGCAACAGGAAGAAUUGACUGCCAAAAAACGCUUGGAAGAUGACGCCAAAAAACAAAUUGAGGAGGAAACGAGAAAGGCAAUGCAAAAACCGGUAACCCCUAGACUCAGCAAUGGAUCUGCUCGAUCGCCGGUCCUGAGCCCGACUCAACCUAGUACUUCACAGGUCCAGGACAAAUCGCCAGCUGCGCCAAUGAACGCAAGUAGUUUCUACAGCAAAUCAUCCGAUGCAACAACCGCAACAACACCCAAAGGGCGUUUUGCUCCCGCCGCUAGCGUAUUGGCAAUGCAAAGAGCGAAAGAAAAAAUUGAAAGUUUGAAGAAAGCACAGGCGAGCGGCACACCGGCUCAAACGGCUUCCAGAGGAACUGGUCGAGUGGCUCACACAGCGCCCAUUGCAUCAACAUCAUCUGCAGCCAUUCCUACGAAGCCUACCCCACCUGUACUGGAACCAGAUUCAUCGAAAAUCUCGUUCAAUGUCCGGAUGCAAUACUACAACAUUAUGGUCGGUCACUGCCUUAAGAUCUAUCCGAGCUGCGAAGAUGCGUGGGAUCGGGCCCAAACGGAGGAAAUAACGGUACUUAGUAAAUGUACGACACCAACGAUCUACAAGAGUAGUGCUCUUCUGGCGAUACAUAAGCUGCGUAAGGAAGCCGUCAAAAUAGGAAGUGAAACUUCGGACAAAAAUAAGACGGUAUCUCAUGAUGUGAUUUUAGCCGGCAAAAUGGGACAGAACAUAUCCUGGAGCGUGAACAAAAAACUGAAAACAGAUGUCAAGUCAUCGUAUGGUAUUGACAGUGCUUCUUCGACUGAAGCGUACAAAAUGAUAUACGAUUGUAUUAUGACCGAAGAUCAGAUCCGAUCGAAUGGAUUUCCUCGGGCAACCGAUUUUCCAGGAAAGGCUAAAAUAUUCACCCCCAAACCUUCCCGACCACCGAAUGAGAACGAACGUUACUGCUCUCGUUGCUCUAAAGUGUUCAAUUUAGAUAUAUAUGAGGAGCCAGCUGUUGAUUCGUGUAACUAUCAUGCCAAAAGUACCAGCUAUCGGCGAGGCUUCGCCGACAAUGUUCACAAUUGCUGCCAGCAGCCAUCCGGUACCGCGGGUUGUAUGUAUGCUAACUAUCACGUGAGUCACUAUCUGGACUACGAUGAUCUCACCGGGUUUGUAAAAACCAUUGAUCCUCCGGAGGGAUUUGUGCCUUCGAAGAAAGACGUCUUCGCGCUGGAUUGUGAAAUGUGUUACACGACGGGCGGAUUGGAAUUGACGCGUAUAACUGUGGUGGAUAUCAACGAGAAAACUGUGUAUGAUGCCUUGGUGAAACCGAUGAAUAAGGUUGUUGAUUACAACACUAGAUUUUCUGGCAUAACAGAGCAGAUGCUCAAAAACACCACUACCACCUUGCACAACGUGCAGGCGGUGCUCUUAUCUAUGUUCAACUCAGAGACCAUUCUCAUUGGGCACAGUUUGGAUAGUGACUUCAAGGCGUUGAAGCUCAUCCACGACGUAAUAGUGGAUACCUCUAUACUUUACCCUCACAAAAUGGGACCGCCAAAGAAGCGUGCCUUAAAAACUCUUUGUAUUGAGAAUUUAAAGAAAAUCAUCCAAGAGAACGAUGCUGGUCACGAUAGUGCUGAGGAUUCGGUUGUCUGCAUCCAACUUGUGAAGCACUAUCUUAGAAAUCGUAUUUUAUGAUCAAAAAAUGUAGCGCGUUCUCUAGAAGCAGCUAUUCCUCGAAUAUGCUUACCAUAUGCUAUUAUCAUCCAAAUCAUUUAUUUAUCUCCCAUCACAUUGUUACUUUAGGUAUCGAUAUUUAUGACAGGGAUGUGAAAGAUCGUAUUGGUUCUUGCACUUCUGACAACUAGUUACUUCAUGGCAUUAAUAAUUGUUCCGGUGCUUCUAAGUGCGGAGCUGCAGCAGAUUGUGUUGUUCUGCUUUAAGUAAUAAGCAAUAAGAAUGGUACACGGCUUUCGGAUACAGUAUCAAUUCGUUUACUGUAGAAAAUAAAUGAAUAAAAUCAAAUCCCGAAUAACA